AUGGAGUACCCCUCAUGUGCCUCAGAAUCUGUGGUGGAUCAGCGGCAGCAGCGGCCGCGGUCGCCUCAGCUGGGCUUCAGGUUCUUCUCCAAGCCACACAAGCGCUCCGGUAGCCGUGCCAGUGGUGCUGCUGCUGGUGCUGGCGGUGGUGACGGUGGUGGUGGCGGUGGUGACGGUGGUGCUGGCGACGACUGUGGUGUGGUUAGCAGCAGUGGUAGCGUCACGAGUGACACUGCGAGCAUUCUGCACAGGACGAGUAGUGACACUGCGGCAGAGCAUAUCAGGCACACGGGGUCCCCUGAGCCUGGCGGUGACUUGGUGGCCCUUGCUGUUGCCUGUGGAACCACCAUAGACACACGUAGCUGGAGGGAACAGCAGCAGCGCCAGUUUCAGAAGGAUUUGCAGCAGCAGCAGCAGCAGCAGAUUCAGCAGGAGUUGACAUCUGAGGCCACCACAGGGCAAUUGUCUCCUCCCAAUCCCCUCUCCCCUCUGAGCGAUGGCUCUUCCGACUCCUACUUUACCUCUCCUCCACAUGCUUUGGAUCGGUGCGUGACUGAACCGGGUCAACAGACGUCAGCGCUCUCACCAACCCCAGACAUGCACAGCAAUGGCACAAAAGCAGAGGGGUUUGACGACGCGGAGGAGGGGGAGCGAGAGCAAGAGGAGGGGGCUGGGAAGGGGUUAGGUGCUGGAGUGAUGCGGCUUCAGUCCAAAAUCUCCAAGGCAGUGGACAAGAGAAUGUCGGCUCGCGGGGGUGAAGCGGGCUUUACGUUUAUGAGGGGCUUGAAUGGGAGGCGCAGAGACAGGAAAGGAUGCUCUGGCGCUGCCUCUCAGGAUUUUGGCAAAGGAGACAGCGAGGGAGGAGGAGUUGGAGCAGGAGCGGGAGGAGGAGGAGGGGGAGGAGGAGGAGGAGCAGGGGGGCUGCGUUUCCUUCCACCUGGGAUGGCCCGGAACCACAGCGUUCCAAUCAGCGCUGGUGAAUCUGCACGCCCCCCCAAGCUGGAUAAGGUUGUCUACUGCCCACCUGUGCGUGUCCCAGUCGAUCCCAGCCGUCCAAUCGCCCUGUCGAUCCGUCCACGCCCUCGAUCUGGAGCCCUGCCCCAAGGCACGCCCCAUGGCAGCCGAACAUGCUUGCUAGUUACCCUAGAUUCUGCCAUUUUCCUGGUUACAGAUGAUGGGAUCAGGGUGUGGGAUAUUCAGCACGUGAUGACCCCUAAUGGGGCCUCGGGAUUAGGAAAUCCAAGGGGGGAUGAAGAGGCAGCAGCGUUUUUCUGGGUUCCAUUCGGGGCAGGUGUAUCUGCAGCCAAGAGCAUUGCAGCAGACAUCAAGGGACGGAUGGUUUUUACAGGGCAAAGGGAUGGAAGGGUGCUGGUGUGGAAGGUGCGGGAGAGGGGAGUGGGCGAAGGAGCAGCGCAGGGUAGUACUGGCAGUGGCAGCGCAGGGGAGCGAGGAGGACGGGUGGAGGAAAGAGGAGGGGGGGUGACGGAUAGAGGAGGAACAACGAUGGGCAGGAACGACUCAGGCGUAAAGGGAGGGGAGAAGGAGCCUGGGUGGAAGGUGUGGGCGGAGUUGGUAGCAGAGUGGCAGGCGCAUACCACCACUGUGACAGCCCUUGUAGUCACUUCAUACGGCGAGCUCUGGUCUGCAGGGGACAGGGGGGUGAUUAAGGCGUGGCCCUGGCCCAGCCUAUGCAGCGAGCUCUCCCGAGCUUCUUCCUCGCCCAGCCCAGCGCCCACGCCACCACCCACUGUUCCUCUCAGCAGCACUGCUCCCCUUCGAGCCCCUUGUGUGAUCCGCCCUGCUGCCGUGCCUGUGCUUCUGCACGCGGCCUCCUGUAACGUCCAGGUGCCAAGGAACCGCGUUGUAGUUGCAUCUGCCUCAGCUGCUGCGGCUGCUGCUGCUGCUGCAACACCAUCUGAUGAUGGUGAUGAUUCUAAGGCAACUGGUGGGGCAGGAGGGAGCACUCCUGUCACUGCAGCAGAAAGCAGUGGCAGUGGCAGUGGCAGUGUAGCUGCUGCAGCAGGAGGAAGUGGUGGGGGGGGCGGUGGCAGCAGCGCUGCUGCUGGGACAGGGGUAGAAUACGAGGGUGGCAGUGGGGGCGUGGUGUAUGGAGUGACGUCAGUGCGGCGAUUGGUGUCAGACCCGGCAACGGGGCAGGUGUGGAGCAUUGGAGCUGCUUCCAUCUCCAUCUGGGACGCGAGGAAGCGAGCGCUGGUGUGUCAUGUGAAGGUGAAGGACGAGGAGAGGGCAGCUGCUGAUACCUCCUCUGGCGCUGUUGCCUCUGGAGCCAGCAACGCUACAGCCGCUACAGCCAACAGCGCCACAGCCCCUGGUAAUGCUGCCCCUGGCACCCUUGGUGGCACCAGUGCUGGUGCUUCUAGCACUUCUAGCGCUCCUAUUGGUUCAGUGACGAGUGGUGACAGCUAUAGGGAAGCACCAGUUGUAGCAGGCACACUAGCACCAGGGGAAGACGAGCCCCUCACCUCCUCCGCCUCUGCCUCCUCCUACUCCUCCUCCUCCUCCCGGCCCCCCAAGCGCAAGCUCCACGCGGUCGCGCCAGCUGGCGACGGCACGGUGUGGAUCGGGCACGGGUCGGGCAUGCUGAAACAUGCACAGCAGCAGCAGCAGCUGUGGCAACCACUGCACUGGUUGACGGAGAGGCAGAAGAUGAGUUCGAGUGUGAGUGCACCUCAAAGAGCGAUCGAGGAGCAGGAGUGCACGCUGGCGCAGCCAGUGAAGGCCCAUGUGUUGCGCUACGAUGCAUGCAUGGAAGCCAUUCAGAGCGACCACAAGCCAGUGCUGCCUGGUGCAGGCAUUCUCAUUGCAGGUGGCAGCAUGACUAUCAACUUCUGUGUGUCCACUUCGCAUGCUGCACCGCCUGGUUCUCCUGCUGCCAAGGAGCACACAGAGAAUACAAGGCACACAGAGAAGAGAGCGCACACAGGGCACACAGAGCAGCAUGAGCAGCACGAGUCAGGCAGCGGCCUGUUGCUGCAGCCAGUGGAGCAGCAGCCUAUUAGAAGAGGCGACUGGGCUCUCGACGACCACGAUGACAGCCAGGGCGACGAGUCGGACCGUCGAUUAAAGUACACUCACGAGUUCGCGCUCCUACGCCAGAAGCCCCGCGGGCCUCCUUCCCCGCAUUCGCUGCUCCUUGACGCCUCCUCUUUCGACUCCGCCACCCCUUCUUUCUCCCCUUUGUCCGCGACACCUUCCGCCGCCUCCGCCGGGUCCGCCGCUUCCGACUUUUCCGCCUCUUCCUUUGUUACAGCAUCUCGGCAUUCUCGAGGUUCGAGCAGCGACCGUAGCGGCGACGACAAUAGCCUUCCUUCGACUACGAGAGACGUGAGCGCAGGAGUCCGUGAUGACGUGGAGCGAAUCCUGGCGUCCACGUCACCCCUGUCCCCCGUGUCUCCAGCGGCGGACACGUGUCUCGGAAGCGACUCGCCGUCUUUCGACUCGCCUCCCGUUCCCCGGUAUUCCUUCACCUUUCACUCGCCGGCUCCCGAGGAGAACUGCUCUUCCUCUCCAGGCGCAGCCAGCGGCGAAGCUUCCCCAGGCGAGGCGGCGGAGCGGGUCCGCCAGCGGCUGCGCAACUCGCGCAGCCUCCGGAUUUCCGUCUCGCGCCAGCUCAUGGACAGCAGCAACAGCGCGCCCUCCUCUCCCGUGCACGCAUCCGGCGCAUUCGGUUCCCCCUUCGGCUCCCCCCCCGCAUCCGAUUACGAAAACGGCUCAUCCGCGACCCCUGGGCGGAGAGGGUCGCGCGCGCAGGGCGCAGCGGCGGCGGAUAGAUGUUGGGACGACUCGUCGGUGCUGGCGCUAUUAGAGCACAGUCGGCUGUGCCGCCAGGAGGUGGUUCAGCUGCUCGGGCUGUGCCAGCCUGGCCUCGCCCCGCUUGCGCCGUCGGCGCAACCUGCGCCAGUUGCGCCAAUCGUCGCAGUUGCGGAGGUCUCCGCGGUCGCUCCUACCGCGCCAGCUGCGCCAGUGGUGUCGAGUGCGGGGCUCAUGAAGGAAACCAGCGGGGGUGAGCGUCAGGCGGAAGCCUCUGCGGGGGCGCACACAGCAGGCGGGACAGGUGAAGCAAGGUUCAAGAUUGAGACAGCUUGCGCUGAGGGCAGAGCAGAGCCGGUCAACAGCUCAUCAUGUGCGAGCGCAUGCCCUGCCAGCAUGACAGCGCCGCAUGCCUACACUGACAGCACCACGGCACAUAUGACUCAGAGUGAUGCCGGGAAGAAUGACAAGUCGCUGACUGAAAGUGCGGGUGGAAAUGCGGGUGGAAGUGUGAUUGGAAGUAUAAUUCCUUGCUGCCCUGGCACGGGGGGAAUGGGCGGAAUCAGCAGAGCGGCGUUGCGCGUCGCAGCAGCCCCACGUGCUCCGUGCAGUGUUUCUCCCUCGCAGUCGCGCGGCAGGGCUGUCCCCCCCACCAUGUCGUCCGCACUGAAGUACAAUGCGGGUGCGGAGGAUAAGGGCUUCAGCGUGAUGUUUGCCGAGUUGCGGGAGAGACGGCAGCAGGAUAAGGCAGCUGCUGGCGCCACUGGUCAUGCUGCUGCUGCAGCGUCUGGGUUUGAUGAGGAUUCUGAGGAGAAUCAGAUCCAGGGUGCAACUGUGACAGCAGGUUCUUGUGGAGACACGAGCAAAGUCAGUAGCAGUCCCCCCAGGACCAAAGCUGCCGGUCGCUCCAUUAAAGGCCUACAGUGGAUUGGUGUUCGGGCGGACGAUAUGGAUUUUAUUCUCAAGGAGUUGGCAGAGGCAGCCAUGGGAGGAGGGGAGGAGGUGGCAGGGUUUGAUGAGUAUGCGGGAGAGGAGACUGAGGACGAUGGAGGGGGAUUAUCGGAGAGUGAUUAUGUCAGUCGAGAGCUAGGCCGCGGGGAGUUCGGCGUGACGUGUCUCGCGACUAGCAAGGCAAACGGCGAGCAGGUGGCCGUUAAGUCCAUCCCUAAGCGGAAAUUAAAGACGGCCGUGGAUAUCGAGGAUGUGCGGAGGGAGGUGGCGAUUAUGCACCACUUACCGCCGCACCCUAACAUCGUGGGACUUAAAGGGGUAUUUGAGGAUCGUCACGCGGUUCACAUCGUUCAGGAGCUGUGCGAAGGCGGGGAGCUGUUCGAGCGGAUUAUAGCGAGGGGACAUUAUAGCGAGCGAGCGGCGGCCGUUAUCACACGGACUAUUGUGGAGGUCGUGCAGGUGUGCCACAAGCACGGGGUGAUGCACCGGGAUUUAAAGCCCGAGAACUUCCUGUUCGCGAACAACCAGGAGGACGCGGCGUUGCGAGCGAUCGAUUUUGGGCUGUCCAUCAUGUUCAAGCCGGGCGAGACGCUGAGCGAGAUCGUGGGCAGCCCGUACUACAUGGCGCCCGAGGUGCUAAGGAAGAACUACGGCCCCCUGGCGGACGUGUGGAGCGCCGGCGUCAUUCUCUACAUUCUUCUCUGCGGCGUGCCCCCCUUCUGGGCAGAGACGGAGCAGGGCGUGGCGCAGGCAGUGCUGCGGUCGCAGGUGGAUCUGAAGCGGGACCCAUGGCCCAAGGUGUCGGAUGGGGCAAAGCACCUCGUCAUGCUCAUGCUGCAGCCCGACACCUCCAAGCGCCCCACCGCCCAGCAAGUGCUGCAGCACCCGUGGCUGAGGGAUGCCAACGAGGCGCCAGACACGCCGCUGGGAGUGGAGGUGCUGUCGCGCAUGCAGUCGUUCCAGGCCAUGAACAAGCUCAAGAAGAAGGCGCUCAAGGUCAUAGCGGACCAGCUAUCCUCGGCAGAGGAGAUGCAGGGGCUGCAGGAGGUGUUCAAGAUCAUCGACGAGAACGGGGACGGCACGCUCACCCUCGAGGAGCUCCGCAACGGCCUCCGCCGCAUCGGCUCGCCGCUCUCCGACGCCGAAGUGCAGGCGCUCAUGGAUGCAGCGGACAUCGACGGCAACGGGGAGAUUGACUACAGUGAGUUUGUGGCGGCAACGAUGCAUCUGCAGCGCGUGGACAACGAGAAGAACCUGCAGGCGGCGUUUGACUUCUUUGACUCGGACCGCAGCGGGUUCAUUGACAUCGAGGAGCUGGCGGAUGCCCUGGGGGCGGACUUGACGUCACUCAAGGAAAUCCUUGCGGAAGUGGACACCAACAAUGACGGCAAGAUCAGCUUUGAUGAGUUCAAGGUGAUGAUGCGCAAGGGCACGGACCUCAGGGGCAGUUUGCGCCACUUCUCUAAGAGCCGCUCCUCUCUGCGUGCCCUGCUCAAGCUCAGUGAAAUCGACUUGGCUGGAGGCCCCACCGAUGGCGCCCCUGCCAAUUCUUGA